UGACCGGAUACGGUGUUGUUGUUAGCCGCUCGGCUGACAGAUGUGAAAACUAACGCUGUUAGUGUGUUUGUUCGCAUUAAUGAGGAAACCGGAGCCGGAGGAGAUUUUUUAAACUGUCUGCCUGCCUGCCGUGUAAUGAUCAGAAAUGAGCGUCACUUUGGAUAUAAGGCUGAAAAGAGCAAACAAAGUUUAUCGAGAAGGGGAAACGGUGGCUGGUGUCAUCGUGCUGGUUUGCAAGGAGGCGCUGCAGCACCACGGCAUCUCUCUGAGCAUGGAGGGAGUGGUCAAUCUGCAGCUGAGCUCCAAGAGCGUCGGCGUCUUUGAGGCUUUCUACAACUCUGUCAAGCCCAUCCCACUGAUCAGCAGUAACAUUGAAGUGGCCAAGGCUGGAAAAAUCCCAGGAGGAAAGACUGAGAUCCCCUUUGAGUUCCCUCUGCACACCAAAGGCAACAAAGUGCUCUACGAGACCUACCACGGUGUCUUUGUCAACAUCCAGUACUCCCUCCGCUGUGACAUGAAGCGCUCCCUGCUGGCCAAAGACCUGAGCAGGAGCUGUGAGUUCAUCGUGCACUGCCAGCCUCAGAAAUCUAAAGUCGUCCCCACUCCGGUGAACUUCACCAUCACUCCAGACACCCUGCAGAACAGCCGCGAGAGAAGUUCACUCCCCAAGUUUCUCAUCCGAGGCCAUUUAGACGCCACCAACUGCGUGAUCAGCCAGCCGCUGACUGGAGAGGUGGUCGUGGAGAACUCGGACGUCCCCAUUAAGAGCAUUGAACUGCAGCUCGUACGGGUGGAGACCUGCGGCUGCGCCGAAGGUUACGCCAGAGAUGCCACGGAAAUCCAGAACAUCCAGAUAGCUGAAGGCGACGUCUGCCACGGCCUCUCGAUCCCCAUCUACAUGAUCUUCCCCAGACUGUUCACCUGCCCCACGCUGGAGACGACAAACUUCAAAGUCGAGUUUGAAGUCAACGUGGUCAUCGUGCUCCAGGACGAUCACCUGAUCACAGAGAUCUUCCCUCUGAAGCUGUGCAGGCUCUGAACUCAUCAGCAUCAUUGCUGAGAUAAGCUCACCGGAGGCCUGCAGACCCCCCCCCCCCCACGUCCCGUCUCUCUGUGGACUCCUGAGUUUCUUCAACAUACAACUGAAGCUGGAAAAGAAAUGAUUCCAACUGAGAGACUCUCCUAAUAAGAUCAUCAUGUUUAUGUGACCAAAUUGUUUUUUUGGUUGUAUUUCAGUUUAAUAAAUCUCACUUUUGAAGAA